GUGGCUUAACGGGCGGGGGCGUGGCCGUGUCCCGGUGAGGGCGUGGCCUCUGGCAGAAGCGGCGCCCAUGGCGGAGCAGCGCGUUUCGCGCUGGUACUUCGGCGGCCUCGCGUCGUCCGGGGCCGCCUGCUGCACCCACCCCUUGGAUCUGCUGAAGGUCCACCUGCAGACACAGCAGGAGGUGAAGAUGCGGAUGACGGGGAUGGCGAUGCAUGUGAUCCGCACCGACGGCUUCCUGGCUCUCUACAAUGGGCUCAGCGCCUCGCUGUGUCGGCAGAUGACGUAUUCCUUGACUCGCUUUGGCAUCUACGAGACUGCGAAGAACCACCUGGGCAAGGGCAAACAGGGGCCUCCCCCCUUCUACCAGAAAGUGCUCUUGGGUGCAGCAGGAGGUUUCGCUGGCGGGUUUGUGGGGACCCCAGCGGACAUGGUGAACGUCAGGAUGCAGAAUGACAUGAAGCAGCCGCCGGCUCAGCGGCGCAAUUAUUCCCAUGCCCUGGAUGGCAUGUACCGAGUCCUCCGGGAAGAGGGCCUGAAGAAACUCUUUGCAGGAGCAUCAGUGGCAUCGCCCCGCGGGGCCCUUGUUACUGUUGGGCAGCUUUCCUGUUAUGACCAGGCCAAGCAGCUGGUUCUUGCAACUGGAUUGCUGUCAGACAAUAUCUUCACUCAUUUCCUGUCCAGCUUCAUCGCUGGAAUAUGUGCCACAUUCCUGUGCCAGCCCCUGGAUGUGCUCAAGACCCGCCUCAUGAACUCCCACGGAGAGUACCGGGGUGUCGUUCACUGUGCCAUGGAGACUGCCAAGCUCGGACCGCUUGCCUUCUACAAGGGUUUUGUUCCUGCUGCUGUCCGGCUCAUUCCUCAGACUGUUCUCACCUUUCUCUUCCUGGAGCAGCUGCGCAAAUAUUUUGGGAUCAAAGUGACCAGCUGAGUCUGAGGGACCGGACCCUGCCUUGCCCCAGGGGGGUGAGCGUGUGGGUCACCCCCAAGAUCCCAAAACCUCUCUCUGCUCUCUGGGGCCAGUGCCAUUCCCCCUUCUCUCAACUCUAUUCCUGUGCCUUGCCAGCACCUGUGGCCAACAACCCCCUCAAAAACUCACCUCUUCUCUCACUCCCAUUCUCAGCAUCUCCACCUCUGCAUUACUGCUUCUGGAGGUUUUUGUGGGGGAAGGUUCUGUCUUCCCAUUUCUCUACUGGUUCUGAGUUCUGUCCUUGCUCCCCCUCAGCCUUGUCCCUGAUGUGCCCUAGAAGCAGGACUGCUGUCUCAGGGAGUAGGGAGACCUGUACCUCGUCACAGAGCCCAUGGAGCUGGGGGGGCUGCUGACCCCACAGCUGCGGGGCUGGGGCUUGGGGCAGUGUGUGUGAGGCCCUGUCUUCCCUCUGCCUUUAGUCCCCAUGUUCCUCCCUGACCCCAGUGCAGCUUGGACCUCCUGCCCUGCUCCUGGCCUCCCACCCUCUGCCUCUGCUUGGCCAAAACUCCUCAGUGCCGCUGGCUGCUGGGCUCUUCAGGGAUUGUGCCUCAUAGCAGUGAUGGUGGGGAACAUGGCCUUGCUCUGGCAGAGCCUGCUAAUGCCUGCCUGGGGACCCAGUACUCACCACAGUGCACCUACCCCACACUGGAUCCGCCCUCUGUGGGGGCAUCCCCCACCACCACUCUGCAGCCUCACUCACCUUGGGGCUGGGCAGACCCCUGCCCCUCACAGCCCCUCACCCCACACUGCCCAGUGGGUGGGGGCUGUGAACACCAGCCCCUCCGCUAUGUGCACCCCUGUGUGUGCUGGCCCCAGGAAAUCAAAGAACUGGAAUAUCUGAAACCUUGAUGUAUAAUAAAGUGUGAAGGUGGCA